AUUCGACCAUCAAUUGCUUUGUAGGUCAGUCGAUCGAAGAGCGUCUCRUGCCUCGUCAAACUAAUAAACGUAAUUCUCCAGACUAAAGUGUUAUCAAGAUUUAUGCCCUGUCAUCAUGAAAUUAGUCUGACGUCGUUACCAGAGUCGGCUCUAAAUGACAGAAAAUGCCAACAAUAUGUCGAAAGAGAGUAGAAACACAAUUUGUCACGAGCUCUUUCAACGCAAUAGUAACACAGAAAGUACGUUGGUACAGGAAGUUGGCAGUAACUUAUCCUCCACGAGUGUACUUGAAAAUCCAGCCCUUACUGAACAAGUUAAUCCACGAGCACGCUUACUCUUGGAGAAGACAAGUGGUUUUGAUCCUUGUAAUGUACCACCAGAAAUAGAAACACCCGGAGGAAUAUUUGACGAUGAAUACCAUGUCCUUGAAAAUCCAAUUCAAACUCAAGUUGGAUCGUUUCACAAUGUCGAGGAAACAAUCCAGCAGUCUCCUUAUGCAGUUGGCACAAGUCAGGAAUCGGUGGAGUGGUUUCACUUACAUGUCCAUAAAAACGCUUCGGAAGUUACUCUUCUGCUUGAUACCAGUGCAGGYGAUUCGCCUACUUUGCAGGAAUACCCCUUAAAUUGCAGAAUUCAAGAUCGCUUUAACAGCUAUUGGAAGGUAGCAGUACCAGUUCUUCAAAACGUAAGCAAUGUCAAAUAUAUGUACAAGGUCCUGUAUCAAGGAGCAAGAACUCCAAAAGAAGAGCAACUAUUUGUCCGUAUUGGUAUGUGUGGCGAACAGAACCAUUAUGAUAUCUUUAAAGAACAUAUGCCUUCAAAAACAGACAGAACCUUUAAAGGCAAAUUAUUCUACAUUGCGCAUCACUUUCAGCGUUUACGUUUGUCUGCGCAGGGGAAAGACCUUAWUCAGAUCUUGUCAGAUAUUGACAACAUUGGUUUGGAUCAGAACAUUCUUGGCAAAGAAAUCAGCAAUGACAGCAAGAAAUUAUUUUACCACUCGGUGCAUGAAGAGUUGAAAAAAGAUCUCACUCCUUACAGCAGUGCAGCGAUUUGUUCACUACUUGGCCAAUUUUUCCAAAAGAAAUKUCCRAGUAAUUUCUUUAAAACUGUUUUGAGGAACAAGAGCGAAAUUGCAGACGGAGUUUUGAUCCAACUAAGCAAGUGUAAUCACGCUCAUCUCCCACAACAAGCCAUGGAAUUCAUAGAAAAAAUUCAUCUAGAGUUUGUCAAAGCGAGCACUAAAAUUGGAAUAACCAACCUUCAAUAUGUACAGCUUUUUGGACAUCUCUUCCCGCCUGAUGUUGUUAUACAUGGAGCUUCUUACUAUAAAGACCCGGAAGCUGACAAGUUUGACGAUAUUGCCAGAAAUGUGAUACAAARCCUAGUGAAUACCCAAGAUAUUACAAGAAAGUACCUGUUGAUAAAAUACGUAAUAUCUAAAGUGCCAACAGUCUCUUCUCUAUGGAUGGUCGUUCGACAGUUAGAUGAGAACAAUUCUUAUGAACCAUAUUACGAAGAGAUAAUCAUUGACAGGUUUCCUAUUUUCAUCAGAAAGGAAAGAGAUAUCAAUCUAUCACUUUGGAAGGAAAUACCUGAAGCUCUCAGAUCAAAACUAGCRGWUAUGUUUUUGCAAGAACUAAAACAACGCUUGGAUAAGGKAGUKCAACCAUUUGAUGCGAGCUUCAUAACUGAACUUAUUCUUGACGAUGAUCUCCAGAAAGGUGCCUCUAAUGAACUUGUGCAGUUUCUCAAAUUCCUUUCAAGACCCAGCCAACAAGAUGGAACCAAGGCCAAGAAACAUUAUACUGUUGUGUGCAGUGUCRUGAAAGACAAGCGUUUCCACUCGUUUUGGGAGAAGAUAAAAGACAAGUAUGCACCUAAAAUAGUUYAGAAUCUUGCAGCAAGUACAAUCCAACUAGUUUAUUCCUUCGGGCUAGACAAAGAAAACGUUGAGGAAUAUAUAAUAGCUAUUUUUCAAGAAUUGSAUGAAUUAAGCAAGAUACCUGCCUUGGAAGAGUAUGAAAGCGUCAUGGAAAAGUGCAUUUGUAAGGAUUUGCGUUCAUUUARCCUCAAAAGGAUGAUCAAUGCCUACGACCAGAUGCAAAAGUCAGAGCAGUUAAAAACAAGCCGMAGUGUACAGAAGUGGUUCGUUACUGCGACGAUUGAAUUACUAAGAAUCGAGAACCCAGRCGUUAGUGUGAAGUUUAAACUACUGAACUACACCGAUGACUUAUCAAGUUCAAAAGAUGUUGAAAUAAUUGGCAAAAGAAGAGAAAUUUUAUUUCUCCUUCUAGACAAGUCAAUGGUAUCUACUAUUACAAACCAAGACGAGAUACGAAGUGUCGUUGAUGCAGUUCUUUCUGACAGGAAGAUGUGGGAGAUCAUUUUUGAAGAGGCGAUGCACGACAGUCGUCUUUCAAAACAUCARACAUACCUUGUUGUAGCGAAUCUAAUGGAUAAGUUAACAAUAUCCUUCAUCAAUGGACACAUUUCUUUGAAUUGCAUUAUGAACGAAGAUGAUCAAAACAAGUUUGCGGAUUUCUUAGCAUUAAGGAGAUGCACCCCUCAAGGAAUCAAAGUGUCUGAAUCAGUGACAAACCUGCGAUGUGAAUGGGUUCAGAUAUUGAACGACCUCUUAACCGAAAGAAAUAAGAUCGAAACAGAUUUCACAAUGCUUGAAAGAGCAAUACAGCUUGUUAUCGAAACAACAGACGGACAACAAUUGGGCUUAAAAGAUGYGAGGCCUCUGUCAGAACAAUACAACCGCCUCAAAAGAAUGUUCAAGGACACUGAAUUUGCUGACGUUCGUCAAGAAAAUUACUGGGGCCCCUUAAAAUCUAUUCUGAAUCCCGCACGUGUAACGCAYGAGCUUUACAACUCUAUYAUUUUCAAGAAUUUUGCAAGGAAUCGUUUAGAAGAACGUUUGCAAACAAACCAGAGGGAAACGACCGUUCUUCAUUGUCAAGAUGACAUGCAUGUUGUUAGUGUUGAAGAAAUCCUUACGGGGUUGAAGGAAGGAGUAGAAGCGUUUAAGGGUAUUAUAAAAYGCAUCAGUCAAGAAGACAGCAAUGUAACAUCUAAGGAACUGGACAARCUUUUAAUAGAUAUAGAGGAACACAACAUAAAGAAGGAGUUUGAUAGUGUUUGCAAAAUCCUGCGCCUUCCUAACCUAUCAGUUACUGUCUUAAAGAUGAUUGAGGACUACUUGAGGUUUGACGUUGUGAAAAAGAACAUCCAAGCAGCGAUAGAGUGUUUGGGUGCUGUAGGAUAUGCUCCUAUUUCAGACGAAGACAACUUUCUGGAGUCUCUGCACUCAUUUAUUAGCUGCAAAGAAUCUGGAACUUUGAACAGUGUAUCGGCAUACAUGAACGACCCCAAAAUUGUGAAAAUACACAAUCAACUUUCUCAARACCUAGUUGAAACUUUGAGGGAGUUGUCACGUGCUAGAGAAUUGAUCGAAUUUAUCAUCGAGACUGCCCAAGACAAAAUGGAAGACUUAGUUGAUGCCGUAGAAGAAUAUUCAGAACAACUUAUUCAAGCAAGCACUGUGACUUACCUAAUUGAYGUCCAUCGCUUUUUCAGUGUGCUACUCUUAAAUAAGCCUAAAGAACCUGAAAUGUUCUUGGAAAACGUCUGUCGUGCGUAUAUUAACCUUACAGCAGACAUUCCUUCUAGUCCACCGACGGGAGAGACACUUGCAAGAAGUAAAGUCAAUAUGGCAGCCAAGAUAAAAAUCGUCAGUUGUAAYGUUCAUAGCUUAAGAUGUCUUCACAUGAUGUUAUCGAACAGACAAGAGGUGACCAAGAGUAUCAUUAAAAAUGCUGUCAACAUUGGAAGUUAUCAAGUGUGGAUAGCUGUAGAUGGAUCAGUUGAUGUGCAGCUGACGUAUGAAAGAGAAGACCAGAACAAAACUGAAGCAAAGUACAACAUUGACGACUUGAAUGAUUUGAGAAGUCGUGCUCUUCUGUUAGUUAAUGCAGAAAAGACACACAAGAAUACUGUGGAUGGCGAAAAGGCUAGUUUGGACUAUCAAAAGGAUCUGAUGCUCUUCAUUGAUCAGGUAGAUAUCCUAACACAGAUUGUUCGUGAAUACAAAGCCCUAAAAAGUUCUGGAAUACCCGAUUAUGACGAGUACUUUUGGAAGAACCUAAAGACCAUAGAUGAAAUCAGACAAGAAGAAGCACGUGUCAACAAGGAAGGUAAAGAGUGGGAUGAUAUGAUACAAAGCAUUCGGAAACAAAACUUUUUCCUGAACUACUUUCACACCAARCAGCUGUGGCUACUCAAAUCCUUCUUUAACAGUCACAUUAGGUCUACCAAAGAGGUGUCUGAUGAAGUAUUGGCUUUAUUCCAUUACAUCGAUGCUAGGAUUACCAAAGAUGACUUGCUAAUUUUCCAUUCAAAAUAUUUGAAACCAACGAUGGUUGAGAAUGAGCUAUGUGCAAUUGGAGAGACUCUUGAGAUGAUAUUUAGAUCUUAUAACUAUUGCGAAAAUUCGCCGACUGUUGAAUGUUCUACAUAUAACAAGAUUGAUGAAGUUGUAGAACCUUCUAGACUUUAYAUCGAUGUGCUAGAGUCCGGCAGUAUUCAAACUGUCCACGUGAUCAUGGCGCUUUUUCGAAAUACGUGUGGGUGUCUUCCAAAGUCUAGCCAGCUUCUGUUUUGUAGCCCGAGCACUUCAUGGGAUGAGAUAGAGCUACUUCUUUUAAGGACAUUUGAAGCUCACCGACAUGGCUUUACAAGCAACCUUCACUGCAUUGCUAAUGUCGAAUGUCUYCCAAACGACAUUAAACUUAAACUAGUUGAAAAGCUAGAGGCUUUGGUAGGUAGCACYGAUGCACCAUACCUUUUAGCGAUUGUUUGCAGAAGUGCUAAUCAACACAUCGUAGAUCACUUUUCUGAUUAUGUCCAUUACUACAGUGGGAUGCCUGAUGCAGAAAUGAGGAAAACGUUACAGCAUUAUUGUCCAGAUACCCUCCUUGUCACUGGAGAUCUUCCAGGUUUAGGAAAAUCAGAGGAAAUUCAUGCCCUCUCCAUAGAGAAGGAUAAAGAAAUUGUGACAUUUCCUAUUAGUGGUCCAUUUGUGCGUGGAAAUCUUGUGAAAAGACUUUCAGAAUUGAAACUCGAGCACUUCCAAUCGAUUCACUUUGAUGUAGGGGAAGUUGACGACCCAUCUGCUCUAGACACGUUUCUGUUUGAGCUCAUUGUCACCAAAAUGGUGUCGACAGGAGAUUUGAUUUUCAGUUUGGCCACUAGCCAUGUUUACAUCGAAAUUGCGAAUACAUUUCAACAGAUUAUGAAAAAUUCACUUCCAGUUUGCAAAUGUUUCAAUAGGAUUGAAGUGGAGUGGAAAGACUAUAGUAAUCUCCUCGCUAGCAGUGAAUUGACAAGUUGCAUACAAGUUGUGUGUCACUAUCUAAAUGCCCUUGACAAUGGAAACCUAGAACAUGAGGAAGUUGUCUUGAGUGGACCAAAGAAAGCAGAACCCCUUAGCAAUGACAAGUGCAAAGAACUUCUGAAAAAGCACUUUUCAGUUCCUGGUGCAGAUUUGAAUUUUAACAUUCUUCGAAGCUUUCUAUCAGUUUUAGCCAAUCAACUUUUAAAGUUUUCAAGAAAUCCGUAUUUGAAGCCAAAAAACCUCAAAGAUAUGGCCCUUAAAAAACACCAACACAUCCGAAGUGAUGUAUUCAAUGCACUUCUUGAAGUGUCUACAACGUUUGCAGCGAGGCCGAUCAAUACCUGUAAAAAGUUUCAGGUUGAAGUUGUAGAAGCCUACGGUGGUUUUCAGACGAUGAAAGGAGGAGGUAACAUAACAGCUGAGAAAAUGGUUGAUCGAGUAAARGGAAUGACCCAAUGGGAUGAGAUUCGACAUCUUAUUAUCAUGCUUCACACCUCUGGCCCUAUAACUACAAUAUAUCGUAGCCCACACAAUGUGCCGCAGAACGUGAAAGAUCUGUUAGAGAGUCAAGAUGUUUUCAAAAAAGGUCUUAAGGAUUACUCUACGAUGAGACAGGAUGAACUUCAAGAAAGAUUGGAAAGAAUUGCAGAUGCACCAGAUCUAAAUAAAGAGAAACUAGAGUCGCUAAAGUACGCACUUACACUUGACAAUCUCCUUAAAAUGGCCUUAAUCAUUCAACGGAUACAAGCAGGCAUUCCUGUUAUCAUUAUGGGAGAAACUGGUUGCGGUAAAACGAGUCUCGUGCGAUAUCUUGCUCAGACGUGUUCCGUCCGGUUUGAAGUGUUCAGCUGCCAUGCGGGCAUAACAGAACGGCAAAUCAUCGACUUCAUUUCUUCUCAAGACAAAGAAGCCAAAAMCCUGCUGGAACAAGAAAGAAAGUCGUUGUGGGUGUUUUUGGAUGAAAUCAACACUUGUGACUAUUUAGGAACUAUCAAUGAAAUAGUGUGCCAUCGUUCCAUUCAAGGUAGAGAAUUGUCUUCAAACCUCAUUUUUGUUGCUGCUUGCAAUCCAUAUCGUCUCCGUCCACCAGGAUGUAUCAUGACUGCCGGUCUAACCGGAAAGACGUCAUUKGAUGAGUUUUCUAAAUUGGUUUAUCGAGUCCAUCCCUUGCCAGAAACGAUGAUUGACUAUGUUUGGGAUUAUGGAUCUCUGAGUCAAGAAGAUGAAAGGACAUACAUUGGUCGUAUGGUAGAGAGCCUUUUUGAAAACGCUGAGCACAACAUGCUGGUGGAUUUGUUGGCCACUUCACAACAGUUUAUAAGAGAUGAAGACAAGAAUUCCUUCUGUGUGAGCCUUCGAGAUGUACAAAGAGCAACAAUUCUAAUGGAUUGGUUUUACACUGCWCUAUCAAAUCGCUCAAAGAAUGUCAUUCCCACAAUGGAUCGUCCUUUAGAAUUGCAAAAGUUUUUCAGAACUUUUGAAUUGUUUUCGAAUACACUCAAAGCAAUUGUGCUUUCUCUUGCUCACUGCUAUCUCUCAAGGCUUCCAACWGCGAAUUUACGACAAAUGUACUGUUCUAAAAUGACAGAGGUUUUAAUCGCACACAAYAAAACUGAAUUCAAAAUAAACGAAGAUGCAUUUCAGCAUAUCGUCCGAGCUGAGCAGGAGGACUACUUAUCAAGAAUGGAACUUCCUGAAGGAACAGCAAAGAAUGCUGCUCUCCGUGAAAACGUUUUUGUCACACUUGUCUGCAUUCUGAAUAGAAUCCCAGUGUUCAUCGUUGGAAAGCCAGGAUGCAGCAAAUCGCUUUCUAUGCAAAUCAUUAGAAAUAAUCUACGUGGGAGGGACUCUAAAGAUCCAUAUUUAAAGACUCUUCCAAAACUUGUGGUUGCGUCUUUCCAAGGGUCAGAAUCUUCUACAUCUGAGGGUAUCGAAAAAGUGUUUGAGAAGGCAAGGAAGUUUAAAUCUGAGGACGUACUACCUGUUGUGCUUCUAGAUGAAAUUGGACUAGCAGAAAAUUCAAAGUUUAAUCCUCUAAAAGUCCUUCACCAUCUUCUUGAAACAGAUCAAGGUAAAUACCCAGAUGUAGCCGUAGUGGGAAUUUCAAACUGGGCCCUAGAUGCUGCUAAGAUGAAUCGUGCGGUACAUCUUUCUCGACCAGAACCCGAUGACAAUGACCUUUAUGAGACUGGUCUUUCAAUCAGUAACGUAAAAAGAAUAGAUGAAAAUUCUAAGGCUCCUGAAAUAAAAUGCCUCGCAGAAGCAUAUAGUGAGUACCAAAAGAACCAGAAACCUGACAACUUUCAUGGCCUUCGAGACUACUACUCAGUUGUGAAAUGCUUUGACAUUUCGCAUCGGAUGUCAGAUGCUAGAAGCAAAAAUAUCCAACGUGCCAUACAAAGAAACUUUGGUGGUACAACUGAAGGAAAGGGAGACCUUCAGUCAGCAUUUUUAAAGAAACUCGAAUCAGUUAAGCCCAUUGGUGAUGUUGAAGAAUUUCAUGUGAUCGAUUUGAUCAAAGAUAAUUUGAACGACAGAAUGGCUCGUCACUUGAUGCUUAUUACAAGUGGAGAUUCAGCCAUUGGAAUUCUUGACCAAAUCUUGAAAGAUCUGAACAAGGAAGAKAUCAUAAUUUUUGGAAGCCAUUUUGAAGAAGAUCUUUCGGCAGAYUACAGUCACCGUAUUCUUAGCCGCAUUAUUCUUUGCAUGGAGCACAAUUGCAUUCUCAUCCUACGUGACCUAGAGAGAAUCUAUGGAAGUUUGUAYGAUAUGUUGAACCAAAACUAUGUGCUAGUUGGCGGGAAAAAAAUCUGCAGAAUUGCCCUUGGAGCAUUCAGCAACCCAUUGUGUCAAGUAGAUGAAGGUUUCAGGUGCAUUGUACUUGUUGACGAGAACAAAGUUGACAACUGUGAUCCUCCCUUCCUUAAUCGCUUUGAAAAGCAGCUGUUGAGAUUUUCAGAUAUCCUCAAUGAUAGACAAAGAAAACUGAUCAAUGAUCUUGAUAAUUGGGUGAUGAGCAUAUCAUUUGUUGAGGCGAACGGAGAUGCGUUURAUAAGUGUGACAUGUUUGCURGAUUUCAUGAUGAUACACUGCAAUCGUUAGUACUUUUGCAUAGUCAAGGUUCCAACAGAACAAACGAAGAAGUCUUACAAAGAUGUAAAGAUGAUCUGAUGUCGRUAGCAACGCCAGAAGCUGUAAUUCGCAUUUUCAGAUCGAAACUCAACUCCAUGAGCAAMGGAGAAGCCAAGAAGGUGUACGCAGACUAUUUUACGAAGCCUAUCAACGAUGGUUUGAAAACAUUCUUGGAGAAUACAGUAAACCUCCAYGAAAAGAGUGGGMAUGCCUCAAGAGGGAUGAAUCUUUUCGUCAUGACACACAGUGGUAUUCUMACCGAUGUAUCUCAAUGCAUUGGGGAUCUUUUCGUGGUUCAGACCGAGAAACUGAGCUUCUUUAAGUCUGAAAAAGACCUCUCYAAACGAAUAAAGCACUUCUUUUUGAAGUCCAAAGCCAAUCUUCUGGUAGYCCAGUGCAGGCCAGAAACAGACGCUUGUAACAUACUCUUGAUGAAAAAUAUCAUUGAAGAACGUCAGAAAGCUUUCAUUAACUCUUGUGAAAGCCAYGGAAAUCAGAAGCAUGUUUGCAUUGUGAUGCACCUUCGUCGUUCAACACAGGAGGAAGAAGCUCGUAACCGCUGGCAGUUCAACUAUUUAAGUGGUUGGACUCAAGUAAUGAUUGAYUGCCUUGAAAAACCUACCAUCGAAAUCAAGGAAUUACUCAAAUGCUCCAUUGUUGAUUUAGUUACAAAUAAAACGGUUCCAUUCAAGAAAGUAGCUGCUGAUCAGUUACAUUGGUGUUUUACACGAAUAAAGUAYCCACUUUCAAAACAGCCGACUCUUGACGACAUAUCAUCUUUGAUAACAGCUAUCACAUCAUGURAAAAGAUCAUGGAUUGCUUYAUGACGUUGUGCUGCAGAUGUAUAGAGGAUGAACAGGGUGAUACCAAUUUAAAUUGGAAGAUUGAUGUUGCUUGCAAGCGACCAUUAUUGAUUAACUCAUCUACCUUUGUCAAAGCCAUAGAGCAUUUCAUCAUUCGCCUCAUGAGACYUYYUCUAGCAARAAUUGUCUAUUUUCUGCAGAAGCAUUCUGCUUUCCAAGCUUUGACUAGUGAUGUACUUUCACGCCAAGAAUGUUUGAAACUACUUUUAAAUGAAAAUAUUUUCAAUACCGCUGAUGUUCCAGAGCCCCAAGAAGCAGAAUCACUUGUUGUUGAUUUCASUYRUGSAGAYCUUCRAUUUCCGUUUUCACACCUCUUCUGCAAGAGAAUYGACGGAUUGUACGACUUCUUCUCUAUGGAAUACCGYCAACAAUGCAUGAAAGAAGAGAAYCUUGAUGAAAAMGAAGAGCUCAGAGAUGAUUCCAUAAAKRUUUUGGUGAAGAAGAUGUCCUUUAAAGUCGAGCAAGUUGUCACAGAGAUAAUUGCCUCAGAAAUCUUGUCACAAAAGAUACCAUUCUAUGUAGAUGAUUUUCUUGCCAUAAAGACUUAUAGCAUGUCAGACUCGUUGAAUCGCAAUCAAAGAAUUGGAAUUAUGAAAGCACACUAUGGAGCAACUCUGCCAAAAAUCGCACACGCAGAUGUGAAUGAUGUCAUUGGUGUUGUUGCCCAGCUUCAUUGCAAUUUUUGGCUCGAAGGAAAUGACAUUCCCCAAGUCUUUCACUUCAUCAAAGACUGCACGUCAACACGCUUUUUCUGCAUAGAUGAUCUCCUAAGGCAAUAUCGGGAUUUGAGCCCGCAUGAAAAAUCAAAAAGGGAAGGAAAAAAUCCAUUAGAAAGAGUUAGCGAUGUACCAAAUGAGGAGACUCAUAAUCACUUGCCUGGAAGAUACGUUGAUAUCGUGAAAGAAGAAUAUGGUGAUAAACGUGCAGAAGAAAAUGAUGACCAACCCCUACAGCCUGAAGAAAACGACGAAGGUUCUGAAUUUCCAAUACAAGAAACUCAUGAAGUUUUCAGUGAAAGAGCAGAGUCACCUGAAAACAUGGCCGAUGAACAGAUUUGUAAAGACAGCAGAGGUGGUAAUUUUGACUACGAAAGUGAGUCUUUAGAGUAUGACCAGCGCGAUGUUGAGGAAGAACAAGAGGAAAAAACAAAACCUCACUUUGAAGAGUUCUUGGUCCAAGAAGUUUGCUCUUCCUUUUUACCAACACAAACUUUCGUUCAUGAAAAUGGGGGAGUUAGCGAAUGGAAAAAUGUCGUGAACCUGGUCUUAUCUUCUGCCACAGAAUAUUGCCCUCYUUUACCAGCAUAUUACUACCUAAAGUUCUGCAAUGAUUUUGCCUGUAGWUUCGAUCAGCCAGAUUCACUCUAUUCUUUGGGUGAGCUUGGAAGGAAAGUUACAGAUGGGACCUUUCUAGGUUCCCCAGCGAUGAUGGUCGCAGUCUGUAAUCUACUCGAAGAUCUUAGGGUAAAAGGUCGAGAUAACAAACAGCUGGACGAGUUUCUCUUCCUGUUCUAUGAGAGGUGUAUACAAUCCAAUCCAGACUCAGAAAUGAACAUAAGAAUAUUAAACCAAGUCUCUUUCAGUGAAAACGAUCACAUGCUCCCUCUUGCAAGUUCACUUUUAAAUAAAAUGCUCGUUAGUGCUCAAGACCAAAUGGCGUUUUCCCUGGAAACUUUGGAGCACUUGAUAGCCUCCACGAAGUUGGAUGAUUUUCCAAAUCUAAUGGCGUUAAACUCCAUUCUUUCCAGACUGCAAGAGAAUGAAAAAGAACUGGACAGUCACAUUAACGUAGUCUGCUGUGAUUUGAUCACCAGAAUUGGCUUUAAAGAUCUUGAUGUCAAAAAGCUAUCCAGAGCCAGUUCUUCCAAAGUACAAAUGAAAGUGUUCCACAAAGCCGUGGAUGUUUUGACAGAAGCUGAUCAGAACUGCAAGAGCAACCUCUUUGGAUUCAUUUGCGCUGUUUCGUAUUUGCGAGCAUUCAUGUCUGAUUUGGCAAGAUUACUCAGUGAAACACRAAGCACUGCUUCAUUGGACCCGCUUCUCCGAGCCUUAACCACGCGUUUAAAKGAAAGUGAACCACUAACAAGAAAAUCAGCUGUCUCCGARUAUCUUCUCAAGGAACUUGGACAGCUUAUGUGCCUGCAUGAUGUCMAACAACUGAUCCAAAAUUGCAAGCAUCUCCACRUUUUAAAGUCUCUUGGGUGGAAAGAUWCAGAUUYCUCUGAUCAUAAGCUGCGGUGCAAUCUUUUCAAACGUCAGACAGCCGCUUCCAAAUUGGUGCCAGCACUAAGUUCAUACAUGGAAUGUARAMAUCCUAAAGAAUYUGAAARGAUCAGUGAAUUUCUCAAGGACUCAUUCCACGAAAGGCUACAGCUUGCURCCRUAAUGAUGGAGCGGUUUUAUAUGGUGCGUUCUCUUCAUGAGCURAAUGCUAMRGAGAAAGAAGWGGCRCAUUCCAUAACAACUAUUUUGUCCCAAGWGGCGAUUCCAAACCACACUUACAAUAAUUUCAUUUCUCGUAUUUCUGGYCAARAUAGMUUCAMGWGUAAACACUUGGAAAUCUCUCAACAGACAAGAACAAUYGAUGUGCAAGUKGCAGUACUCAUUCAGCAUUUGUCUGCAAUUCUGACGUCARGUGUUAYUUCAAAAYGUAMAAAUCMAGUCAUSGGUUGUYUGAUCAAUMCCGCAGAGCUUAAAACGUCAUACAUGGUAUCAUCGCCYGACAGCGAAACUGGAUAUCCAUURUAUAAAAAYUAUAAGCACACAAUUCCACCUUACAUCCAAYUAGUUUCAUGCAAGUGUGGAACUCGCUUUGYUGGUCAGUUGUCUGCUARCAUAAAAUGCCCUUGCUGYAAUUCUCCUUGUCAAGAAGACGAGAGAGAUGAACAGGAAGAGCAGGAAAAGCCACAAGCAAUUCAAGGAUACAUUAAAUUAAAUUUGAAGUCUUUGAMWUGYGACAUGCUCCACACCCGGAACCUCGACCCUGUACCAUUYCGACUUCUACACUUAAUUAUGCAURCUGCYCUKCUAGCUGGYCUUUCCAUAGAUGUAGUSCCGGCUGAUGAMMUGAGUGAUGUUAUGAAAGAUGAUAACCCAUCCGAGACCUGCUACAAGGUUAUUCAAGUGGAUCUAGAYGUCCUAUGCCGUCUGCUCUGCAGUAAGAAAGAGAAUAUUAUCACUCUUGURCAUCACGUCAUCGAAGAGGAUUCUGUGUUGAAAUUGUUGACAGAAGACAGUAUCCACCCACUACCGCAUAAYGAACAAGUGCGGUCAUCUUGGGAGACUGACUUUGCUGAGAAAGCACAACCAGUUAUUCAAAGAUUCAUCGAAGGUCACGUGGUUCAUGAUGYCGAGGAAAAUGACAAUGCAACCCUGGCAGCAUUGGYUUAUGAACGUCACUUGCCAAAGUUUGAAGAUAUCACGUCAAGAAAUCAGUCUAUCCCUAGACUGUUUCGAGUCACACAGCCAAACAGUUUUCACAAAUUACGGGAAGUCUACUUGAAUAGUCCAAAAGAAGUGAAAGAGAAAUAUCAACUCCUUGGRUUGUUUUUGGACUACCACGACAAAUUGCAUUUUAUUGGUAACCUCGCCGCUCUUCUAUCAUGGAGUCGUUAUGUUGAGAUCCUUCUUAGCAGAGGAUUGACUCGAUCAGAUGCCCAAAAAAGAUACAUCAAUGAUACAGUUCUUGGAAAAGAAGGAGAGGGCUUUCAAUCUACAAGUGGAGAUUUGACUAAACACGAAGAAUGUGAGGAGUUCAUAAACGCAUGGAGAAAUGUGGUCCCUUUAAUGAACGAACUGAAUAUUCAACACAGCGAUGAGAUGCCGUACAUUUCCAAACAAAGCCCUAUCGGUUACUGCUUAGCAGAGAAGCAAGACUUGGGUCGAUUUUUGUGCAGAUGCUUCGUCAGUCUCGCAGAAAUGCAGAAUGACUUCCUUGAUAAAUGCCUUGCUAUUGCAUCAAAUGGAAAAUGUUCAGCUCUUCACUUCCYCUCRAAAAGUGGUUCAGUUCCCAGCAUUCCAGUCAUACAUGUUCAAAAUGCCAAGAAAAAGGAGAUCAUUUGCUACGAGUGGACAGACGGCUUUCUUGAUUCUUCAUACUGUGAAACGGAAUAUGGCCAAGGAAAGGUUAUACAAUAUGAWAUGGAAAAGGUCGAAAAAGAACUGGCAGGCUACUUUCUACUUGGAAAAGCCUAUUUGGACACCACAAGUGGUAUUCGCGAGUUUGCUUUCUCCAAGCAGCUCUUCCAUGACUGUGCAAAUAUACUCAAUGAAUUGUGYGAGUCCAUACCACAAGAUGAACUUCCGCCCAGUGUGAAGGCAGAGUUAGCAAACCAAAGCAUGUAUCGAAUCCAAACWCUCUUAGAAGAUUUGGAAUUGGUGUUGUGUUAUUUAAGGCGAAUGGAAGUCAAGCCUAAUCAUAGCUUUGUAGAGUACAUCGACAUCUUAGUGUCAUCUUCAAGACCAUUUCCCAAAGACCUUCGAACUACUCUGAAUACAAUUCAAAUAAAGCAUGUUUGUGCUCUGUAUGAGUUCGUGGAGGACCAACUUGCAGUUCCAUCCGUUGAAUGCUGUGGAGAAGAGUACCGUGACAAAAUAAGAGAUGAAACYCUCAAUGAGUUGAGGGUGAGCGUACAAGAUGUUCACAGAGAUGUACUUAAGGCAGCCAAUACAGUCAUCACRAGAUUUGCAUUCAGAUAUCUGCACAUGAAACCCAACCAAUGUAAAUGUCUUCUUGAGUUCAUGAAAGAUCCUUCCCUUUGGCCGAUGGCUUURAGAGUGCAAAGGGAUGACAUCGAUUUCAAAGUAUCAGAAGUUGCCCCCAAGUUCUUUCCUGAAGAGAUAACGAUUGGUCAGACAUAUGAAKUGCACAGAUUCUACAAAGAGCUCAAUCAAAGCCCUUCAAAAUCAAGACAUAGUGGAGUGCGCCCCAGAACAGCCGUAGCGAGAGGUAGAAAAGKCCGUAAAUCGUUUACGUGAAUUCUGGUGACAUCAGACAUCGUUACUUAUAUAUACCCUAUAUGUCUAUAAACAAGCUAGUUCACUUGUAAACACAGUUUGACAAUUCGUCAAUUACGACAGAAGCUUUCAAGUACACAGUUUGAUAUUAACAUUUUAAAACGAUGAUUAUAAAAAGCUGGAUUAUCAUGUCUAUAAUAGGAAACUCAUYAGGGUCUGGAAACGUUUAGACACUGUACUAUUUUUCAGAACAGUCAGAAAUAAUUAGGAUUUUCUUAUAUCAUAUUUGGUAGUAAAAGCUAAUUCAAAAUAGCCACUGGCGCCAAAAAUAUUAAUAUUACUAGGGUUUAUUCUAGGGUUUUGAGAGAAUAUCUUUACAUUGCAUGCAUAAUGUCUUUUAAAAAGUUUUUUCUAAGUUCCUGUAGAAAGUUAAAUAAAUCAUUUAAACCGAUAAAUGCAASCUUUAAGRUUAUGUACAACCAGGCMAUGCAAGAGAAAUUUGUGYCGUGUAUAUGAUCAMGUGAGAUCAUAAAAGGUUUACUACCCUACCCAUAACGUUUCAACGUUCCAGUGGAUUACUACAACUGCUUCAAAUUAGUUUCUGAAUUGUGUACGUCUGUAGUUUUUCUUGUUUUUAGAUUUUCUUGUGCUUGUUAAUUGUUUUGCUUCUUCUCCCUUUAGUGUUUUUGUAGGUCUCUGCUGUUUACUCUUGCUUGCUCAAUUGUUAUUUACAUGAGGCUUAAAACUGUUGGGAAAUGUUUCCAUAAAUUCCUAAUUUAUACCAUUCCUUUGUGGAUUGUGUAUUUCUUUAUCAGCUUUCAAGUCGAUGUUUUUGCUUGGUAGUGGAGGUGGUGGACUCUCUAACAUUUUGCUGAUGUAUAUCUCUGUGUUGUUUUGUUCACUUGAAAUGUUCCUUUGCUGGUUCUGUUUGGUGUGCUUCUUUGUUUUCUGGCCUAAAGUGAGUCACUUUGUUUCCUUUCUUGAAACUGUCAGUUUUGUAGAAACAUAAAGUGUCGUUAGAUGACAUGAAUUCUGUUUAGAUAAUGCCUGUAUUUUCUAUGAMUUUUGACAAGUUGCUGCAAUAAACAUCUUUAUCUUUGAAA